AUGGAGGAGAAAUCUUACAACUGCCCAGAUUGUAGCUUCUCAUUUUUUACUAAAGGUGAAUUAGAUCGCCAUAUCCUGCGACACACAGGAGAAAAGCCAUUCCAAUGUGACAUAUGUCCGAAACGUUUCACUCGACAACAAUACCUCAAUGAGCACCUGAACAUUCACAUUGGCAACAAGCCUUAUAGUUGUAAUAAGUGUGAGGAGAAAUUCCAUGACCAGUCAACCUACCAUCGUCACCUUAAGAAGCACAAGACUAAAAAGGAGCUGACGGUGAAAGAGGAGGUGGUAUUGGAACCAUUAAAUACUGGAGAUUCUAAAGAAACAACAACUUACGUGAUGGAGACAAACAAUUUACUGGGUCAUGAUGCAUUAGAACAGUUACAGGCCGUCAUUAAUAAUGAGGUGGAGAAGAUCCAACAUCAAUCGGGAACAAACCAACAGUAUCAAACAGUCAUCCUAAAGGGUAGCAGUGCUCAGCCAGUGGAGGCAUUGGAGGAGGGGAACAAGAGCACGGCCGAUGUCAAGGAGGGUGAUCAGGUCUAUCAGAUCACGAUGGUAGACCAAUCACAGGAAGUUGUGGCCACUGUGGACUUCUCAGCGUUCAAUCUUCUAGCCAAUGCCACAGCUAAACAGUAUGCCAUAUCAUCUGAGUAG